AUGACGAUCCGGAAAAUUUGCGGUAUCGGUGCCGGGUAUGUGGGCGGCCCUACCUGCAGCGUGAUCGCCUUAAAGUGCCCCGAAAUCCAGGUAACCGUCGUGGACAAGAGCAAAGAAAGGAUAGCUCAAUGGAAUUCCGACAAGCUGCCAAUUUACGAGCCCGGCCUGGACGAGGUGGUGGGAAUGUGCCGCGGGAAAAAUCUAUUUUUCUCCAACGACCUGGAGACCGCAAUCAAGGAGGCGGACUUGAUAUUCAUCUCCGUCAACACACCGACGAAAAUGUUCGGAAACGGCAAAGGAAGAGCGGCAGAUUUGAAGUAUGUCGAGAGCGCGGCCAGAAUGAUAGCUGAAAUUGCCACCGGGGACAAAAUCGUGGUCGAGAAGAGCACCGUGCCGGUUAGAGCGGCCGAGAGUAUUAUGAACAUUCUGCGUGCCAAUCACAAGCCCGGAGUCUCGUAUCAGAUCCUGUCGAAUCCGGAAUUUCUUGCGGAAGGAACUGCGAUCGAGGAUCUGGUGAACGCGGAUCGCGUUUUAAUAGGGGGCGAGGACUCGCCGGAAGGGCAUGCAGCGAUCGAGGAAUUGUGCAAGGUGUAUGAGCAUUGGAUCCCCCGGAAAAACAUACUGACGACAAACACAUGGAGCUCCGAGCUCUCGAAGCUGGCCGCCAAUGCCUUUCUCGCGCAACGCAUAUCGAGCAUAAAUUCCCUGUCCGCGGUCUGCGAGGCUACCGGCGCCGAUGUCUCUGAGGUCGCCCGGGCGGUCGGCCUUGACUCCCGUAUAGGAUCGAAGUUCCUUCACGCAUCCGUGGGAUUCGGCGGCUCUUGUUUCCAGAAGGACAUCCUAAAUCUGGUCUACAUAUGCGAGUGCCUGAAUCUGCCUGAGGUGGCCGCCUAUUGGCAGCAGGUGAUAGACAUGAAUGAAUACCAGAAAUCACGUUUCUCCGCGAAAGUGAUUGAAUCGCUGUUCAACACCGUCACGGACAAACGGAUCACGAUCCUUGGCUUCGCGUUCAAGAAGAACACUGGGGACACGCGUGAGUCACCGGCGAUUCACGUCGCCAAGACCCUGCUCGACGAGGGUGCCAUGCUUCACAUAUACGAUCCCAAGGUGGAAGAAAGCCAAAUUCUCGAAGAUCUGACACAUCCGAGCGUGACAAAUGAUCCUGAACAUGUAAAAAGUAGGAUCAAUAUAUACAAAGACGCUUACAGCGCUACAAAAAAUACGCACGCAAUUGUCCUCUGCACAGAAUGGGAUGAGUUUAUAGAAUUGGAUUAUAAACAAAUCUACUUUGACAUGAUGAAACCAGCAUACAUUUUCGACGGACGGAAAAUUUUAGAUCACGAUAUGUUACAAAAGAUCGGUUUUAUUGUUCAAACUAUUGGCAAGAGGAUCACAAGGACUGCAAUAUCCAGAACAUGGGGCAGCCAAACUCAAAUGUAG